CACGGACCCUGCGCAGAGCUGAAACGCUGGUCCCUGAGCUGGUUUCGCAACGCAGCAAUGGGUGCUCCGGGGGGGAAGAUCAACCGGCCGCGAACGGAGCUGAAGAAGAAGCUGUUCAAGCGACGGCGGGUGUUGAACCGGGAGCGGCGACUGAAGCACCAGGUGGUCGGGGCUGUGAUAGACGAAGGGCUGAUCACGAGGCACCACCUCAAGAAGCGGGCGUCCAGUGCACGUGCCAACAUUACUCUGUCUGGGAAGAAGCGCAGAAAACUCCUCCAGCAGAUCCGGCUUGCCCAGAAAGAGAAAGCAGCCAUGGAAGUGGAAGCCCCCCUCAAGUCAGCCAAGACUAGUGAACCACAGCCCAAAUCAAAAAAGAAGACAAAAAUCCCCCAGGAUGUAGACAUGGAGGACCUUGAAGAUAAGAGCUAAAUGUCACACCCCUUCCACCAGAAGAUUCUCAGCUGGAGCCAGGAGGACUCGAUGGUUAUUUCAAAGGACUUUGGAGAAAGCGUUGCUCCUUUUCACUGUUCCCAGAUUCCUCUUCCCUAAUGGCCUAGUGACCUGCCCUGGAGGGAUGUAUUGAGAGGUAGAGGGUAGAAAAGAAAGAUUGGAGAGGGGGUCCUAAGCAGUCAACUCUGUUUGUAAAAAAGCCCUAGCAUUCUCACUGAGAUGUAUGUGAUUAAAUGUAGGAAUGGGGCUAGGCCAUGAAAAGGGGCUGUGAGUGUGGAAACAAGACAAUCGGGAAACAGGACCCACAGCUCUUACUUGACCAAAGGCAACAAGAAGCCACCUUCCAUGAUGGCCCUGUCUCCCCGAUGAGUGACACUCCAUCUUUCCAUUUCUGACAAAAAUAAGGUGUUCCGUAGAGAUAGCAGAGGAGGUAACGGUCUUGAUACUGGCCCUACCACCUCCUCUGUGUGACCAGGGUGGACAAGUGACCGUGGUUGUCUCUGCUUCCUUUGCUGGAUUAUAUUUUUAUAAAGUGAACAUUAUUUUUCCCUUUUAACGUUCAGAAAUUCUGUUUGUUGGAAGCCAGGGCUGGGGUGGUUAAUUAAAGUGAGAAGCUAUGUGUGCAGAGAUGUGGUCAACUGGGGAAAAGCAUAUUCUCUCCUUGCUCUGUUAAUCAGUGCAGGCUUCCUGGAAGAGGGAGGGUUUGGGUACAGUGUUGUGCUCCGCCCUCCUCAAGUUUAUAUUUUGAACAUUUUCAAACCUUCGGUAAAGUUAAGAAAUUAGCACACUGAGCCCUUAAAUAUGCACUCUACUUGGAUUUACCAGUUUUUAACAUUCGGCUAUACUUGAUCUCCUUACCCGCUUGCAUAUAUAUGUGUGUGUUCAAGUAUGUAUAAUUGUUGUCUUUGCUGACUCAUUUGAAAGUCAGUUGCAGAUGAGAUUUUAUCCCUUAGUACAUGCUUCUAUAUAGCCAAAACACCUAAGACAUUUAACAUUGGUGGAAUAGCUAAAAUUCAGGUUUUCAUAUUCACAUUUCCUCAGCUGUGGAUAAUAUUUUUUAUAGCUGUUUAUUGUUUCCUCAAUCCAGACACCGUUAAGGAUCACGCAUAGCAUUUAAUUGUCAUGUCCCUUUAGUCUCCUUCAAUCCAGAACAGUACCCCUACCUUGUCUUAGGUGACUUGGUGUCUUCGAAGAGUCUAGCCUAAAUUAAUUAAUUAAAGAAUAUCUCACAGCC